AAGAGAACUCUGAUGUUUGUUUUGAUUGGAGAAACGUGACCUUUUUGUGAAAAAAUUUGCAAAAAAUAGUGAAUAUCCAAGAUUUUCUCGCAUUUUCCAUGAAUGCCGUGAUUGUUCUUUGUCAUUUUUGUGAAGUUCACGGGCCUCUGGCAAUCUUCUGCACGCAGACACUGCGAGAAACCCGCCUUAGUGAUGUAUUGUCCAGCAAAAAGGGUGAUUCCCUGCAGAAAAAAUGCUCAGCCUGCACUUCCUUGGGUGAUUCUCUGGUCUUCAUGACCAAGGAUGAGGAGAGUCAGGCGAAAUUUGUGAGUUCCCAGCAGCCAAUCAUCGGGGAUGUGAUUCCACUGGUCAAACAGGCAGCAUUUCGCAGCCUGAGCUGUGAGAUCAACAGCAAGGAAGACGGGCUGGUUUUCUUCGGAGAUGGAUCUCGUGGUCAUGUCCUCAGUCAUACCUUCCAAAUUCCCGACUCCAAAGCCAGGGGCUUCUACAGACUCUUCUCAAUUCUCGUCCUGAUGAAGGAUAAAUUAUUCCUCCUGAACAUUCAGCCCUUCCUCUCGCACAAUCUGAGAAAAAUCUCAUCCCAACUCAAAGAAUACGCCGAUGCAGCAAAUCCAGGAGAUCAAUCGAGACAGAGUGAGAAGGCUCAGAGACUCAAUGAAGGAAUGGGAUUUUCCCAGCCUCGGCCACUCACUGAAUUGACAGGAGAGAAGCACAUUUUCGCCCACAUUCACUCCCAUUUCGCAUGGAUUCUCAGGGCAGGAGCCCAAUAUCUCAAGGAAUCCGUGACAAUUGGCAGUCCAAUGGUGCCUCCGUGGCUGGGCAAGGAUACCGAAGAGGGCUUCACCAUGGUGCAGAUUGACAAGGAAGAAUGGCUGAUGCGAAAACAUGGAAUGGAUGAAGAUGACGAUGUACAAAUUAUCCGGGAUUUCAGGAGGUUCAGCAGCGUCCUAGGGCACCAUUUCUUCUCAAUCUGCUACUGCGUACUGGUGGGUGUCCAAGUGAUCAUCAGAGGGCCAUCUGGUGAGACUACCCGGAUGGUAAAGUGCUUCAAAAAACUCCUGCCCAAUUACCUUCAUCGACUCAUCCAUGUCGAUGCUCCCAAGUACCUUCCCCCUUCUGAAUGUCGCAUCCUGAGCGUUUCGCCCAGCAUCACCAUCCCUCAGCCUUGCAAUACAAUCUUCAGAGUGAAUGUUCCCAGGGACCGAGACGAUAAAAUAACAGUGGAGUGGCCAGGAGAAGUUCCUGGAAAAACUCCGGAUCUCCUGACUAAAGUCCUGAGGGCCUUUGAAGAGGAACAAUUUACCGACGUUGUUCUCGAGAAACAUCUGAGAGUCCUCAUUGAAGAGUGGAACAAUAAAAUCAACUGCCUGAAGAAGAUUCAGAACAGUCAGGAUGUUAAUCGAAUCAAGAAGAUCUUGAAUGUUCAGCAGCAAGAUGCCUUAUUAGUAAAUUAUUGGUCGAAUUAUGCAUGAGAGAAAAAUAAAUUGUUAUCUGUCCAGAAA